AUGAAAGGGUCCUUCAUUUCUUCCAUGGUUUUAAUAAUAGCACUAAUGGUAAUUACUUCACUAUUUCAACCACAAACACAUAACAAGCUAGUUGCAGCAUCACAAAACAACACUGAUGAAGUAGCUACUCAUGGAUGCAUUGGACUGCACUGCCUAAAUUAUUUCGUCCGUGACGAAGCUGAUUUGAUCAUGGAUCAACUGGAAAAAUCAAACGGACAACCUAACAUCCAAAAUUCUUUGGAGGAUAGUAAACUUGCAUUUAACUGUGGUCCAAACAAACAUUACGGAGGAAGUUCAUGUGUUGACAAACCUAGCCCUCAGUAUCUAGACACAAAAGUUACUGGAAGGUGUAAUCCAAAGUACAGAGAUACAUCAUAUCAUCCUGCAGGCUGUCCUUAA